CAAGAAGAAGAAGAGGAACUGACAGAGGAAACCCGCAGUUCCAGUCGGACACGUCCUGUGUAACUCCGCGGCGGCCCCAGCAAAACACGCCGACGAGAGGUUUGAUGAAUGAAACAUGAGCUAACAGUUAGCAUCUUCUCUGUCCAGCAGCAAAGUAACUGAGAUCUCAAGUACUGUGUUUAAGUACACGUCUGAGGUACUUCUGUUUACUUCAACCCCACUACAACUGAGAGCAUGCAGGCGGAGUUCCGGGCUCCACGGCGGCGCCCCCGUGUUCACGAGGAGUACGAGGCUCCGCUGCCGGUGAGCCCGGAGGAGAGGAGUGAGUACCGGGCAGAGCUCCUCAACCAGCAGCUGUUGGUCUGUGACCCGGAGCACAUCAAGAAGAUCCACAACCAGGGUUUUUUCGGGAAAGGCAUCCUCUCCAGAGCCAGGCCAGACUACAGCAUCUCUGACCAAUGGCAGCAACACCAAGGUUUGCUUCUACCUGUCGUCUCAAAGUCCAGGUAUGAUGAGCUCCUCAGGUGGGCGGGUGCUUCUCUCUCUGCUCAGGGAUUGGAUGAAGCAGCUGUCAGUCAGACCCUACUGAGUGUCUCUCAGCCGGUAGAGAUGGAGGAUGUGAGAAGAGAGCAGCACUUCAGGCUGGUUCAACAAGACUCUGGAUCUGAAUCAGAUCCUGGUCCCGAUCCUGGUCCUGAUCUGGGUCCUGGUUUUGUCCUGGUGGUCUUUGACCGAGGGGUGUGCGAGGGGCUCAGGGAGGUGCGGCGGACCCCCCUCUCUCUCACGGAGUACCUGCAGCUCAGUCUGGAGGAGGCCUUCUUCCUGGUCUACAGUCUGGGCUGCCUGUCUGUCUACCUGCACCAGGAGCCCCUGUCAAUCAUCCAGCUGUGGAGGAAGUUCCGCUCCCUGCGGCCGGACUUCAUCAGCUCCUUCGCAGCCUAUCAGCACUUCCGGAGCAAGGGGUGGGUCCCUAAAGAAGGGGGCGGGGCCAAGUACGGCGUAGACCUCAUGUUGUACAGGAAAGGACCUCCUUUCUACCAUGCCAGUUUCUCAGUGGUGAUUGAGCGGGUUGAUGGUGCCUUCAUGGGCUCGGCGUUGCGUCCGUUUUCGUGGCGUUCUCUCGCAGCUCUCAGCAGGAUCACAGCAAACGUCUCCAAGGAGUUGAUGCUGUGUUACAUCAUUUAUCCUGCCGGCCUAUCAGAAGCCGAGCUGGACUCACCUGUCUGUCUGAGCAGACUCAGUGUUCAGGAAGUGAUCGUCAGCAGGUGGGUGUCCUCCAAGGAGCGAGCGGAGCAGGAAGACAUCUGAUUGGAUUACGCAAGGUGAUGUCACAGUGUGAUGUCACAAAGGGACUAAUGACAUCAGCCAGAAGAGGCUUAAAUUUAUUUUGACCUUUUUUAACUUUUUUAUUUAAGUGUCAUAAACAUGAUGACUUUGAAAGAUGAGUGUCCCUGAACGCAGCACGAGUCCUUGCAAGGAGUCACAUAAACCCGAGAGUAGGAGAGUCCCUGAAUGCACCAUGAGUCGUCAGAAGGAGUUACAUACCAGCAAAGGUGUGAGUGUCCCUGAAUGCAGCAUGAAAACCACAUUGAGUCACAGAAAACAAAGAGUGAGUGUGUCCAUGAACGCAUCAUAAGUCCUCAGGAGUCAAGACCAGCCAAAGGUAUGAGUCCCUGAACGCAGCACGAGGCUUGAGCUUCAUCCUGAAUAAAGGCUGUUUCCGGUCCUUCGUGUACCGCGCUGCUGCUGCAUAUUGUGCAACAUUCAUUAAUAAAUCAAAGAUCUGCA